AUGACGACAACGAUGUUGCCCGGUUGCAGCGAGACGGACGGUUGUGAAAACGGAGCAGAGGAUAAGAGUGUUAUGUAUAUUUUGUAUCAUCCACAAAAUUAUAACACCAUCGAGCAGGAAAAGAAUUCUCCCCCAAUCGGUUUGUCCGUUCACCGAGGCACAACAUUUUUGUUUGCAGCUCCGGCACCGACACCAUUAACGCGCACUACCACUGCCCCACCUCUUUCCCUCUACUCCCUCCGUAUUUCCGGUUACACCGCCAUUACUGACAUAACAUAUAUAUAUAUAUUUAUGUAUAAUGACAGACGAACAGACAUGGUAACAGAUAUAUACUGUCUAGUGUAUGGCAACACAGCCGGCCCAGAAAUCGUAUUUUCUGACUCGCUCCGAGAUGCAACACCGAAAAUCUAUUUAAGCCAGACAGGCUGA